AUGCGCUACUCCUGGAUCGAUGGCCUUCUCUUCUUGGCCGCCUCUCCCUUGACGGCCCUCGCCGUCCCUAUCGCUCCCAGCUUUAUGCCCGGAGAGACCUAUCCCCACAACGGAGUCGGGGUUGGGGGUGUUGGGGCUGCGAGACCCGGGUUCGGCACUCCUGGCGUGGGCGUUCCGGGUGUGGGCGCUGGCGCAGGUCUCGGCGCUGGUCUGGGCGCAGGCGUCGGAGCAGGCGUCGGGGCUGGAGUUGGUGCAGGAGUUGGUGCUGGCCUCGGCGCCGGCGCCCUCAACGCAGGCAACGUGCACCUGCGCCGGAACUGGCGCGGAGGAUUCCGCCGCCCGAACUGGGAACACCGCACUCUGAACGCGCUGACGCAUCCUCAUAUCAAUCUGGCGCGCAACUAUGACGGCUACCGCGACGGCGAGGAACGCUACAUUGACAACGAAGUGAUCCACGUACCUACUCCCUCGGUCACUCUUGAGCGCAAGUGGUACCGCGGCAAUGAGUACAACCCCAACAACGACAAUGACUACGGUGUUGUUGAGGAGGGCGAGCUCGACCUGCCUACGACCGUGCAUCUGGACCGCAAGUGGUACCGAGAGGGCGAGCCCGGCUACAAUAAUGGCUACGGCGAGGAAGGCUACAAUGGCGAGGAGGAGAUCGAUAUUCCCUCGGUGACUCUGGAGCGCAAGUGGUACAACAAUGGUGAGCAAUAUGGCGAGAACAACUGGAACGAGGGUUACAACAAUGGCUACAACAACGAGGGCUACAACAACAACGAGUGGAACAACGAGUGGAACAACGGCGAAACCACUCUUGAGGUGCCCACUCCGUCGGCGGUCGUGCUGAAGCGCAACUGGAUCCAGCACACCAACGCAUGGUGGAACUCUGACCGCGGCUGCAACGGCAACAACUGGAACUGUGAUAACGAGUGGAACGGAAACUACAACAAUGGUCAGUGGAACAAUGGCUACCGCGGCGUGCGUCCUAUCCCCUCAUCGGUCGUGAUUGCUCGCAACUGGAACGGCAACGGCAACUACAACAACGGCCAGUGGAACAACGGCCAGUACAACAACGGUCAGUACAACAACGGUCAGUGGAAUAACGGCUACAACAACGGCCAGUGGAACAACGGCUAUAACAACGGCCAGUGGAACAACGGCUACAACAACGGCCAGUUGAACGGCUAUAACAACGGGUACAACAAUGGUCAGUGGAACAGCGCGGCCUACCCCUCGGCCACUCCUGGUAUCCAGAUCGGCACAAACUAUGUACGGGAUGCUGCUACUGAUGUCACUGAAGAGUAA